AGGGGAACGCUUUCGCCCUCUGAAACAAGAAGUUCUGGUCCUGGAGGCUGCACUAUUCGUUGAAGAUAAAAGUACAUCGAACCCAUAUGAAGUUUUACCAUGACCAGAUUGAAUCCAUUGGGCGAAGUCAAGAGCAAUUUAGAUAUCGGUUGAGGGCAAUUCUUUCGUGGGUGGACCCUUUUCUUCAUAGGGUCGCUCCUGUAUCAACACCCUCUGCUAUGAAGGCA